AUGGCUUUGAACGUCAACAUACGUUCCCGUUCAUACAGCCAGCGCCCAGCCACUGUGAACAACUUCGUCACCAGUCCUGAAAAUUGUGCAGGAGCAGUAACGCAGCCCCUCACACGAUCAGCGUCCGAAAUCCAUUACCCUGCCCCUACCAGAAACCACCACGCCCAAGAGGUUUCGAUCCGCAGCUCGCCGCUACAACUUGAGAGAGAAUGUGAUGGUGGAACCAUCACCCGUUUAUGGAGUUUUGUAUCUGCAAAAUUCUUGCAGUGGUGUUGGACGGCUCCCGAGCUGAUCUUGAAAAGAUAUCUAGCCCGCUGUCUUCGCUUCGUAUCGAGCGACACAGGGACAAUUGAGGGCUAUGGUGGUGCCGGCGGCGGGGCGAAAAGGUUUCGCGAGGCUGCAUGCCAGAACAUGGAUACCAAUGGUCACGUUAUUGCUUAUCGACCACAAUCAAGCGGAAAUUUUGGCCCAGAUCUCAAAAGCCGUGGCUGGCGUCUGACGGACCGUCAUGAGCAGCCAGGGAGUCGUACUGAAGAGAGCGAAGACCCUAAGAGUGCGGCAGCUGCCUUUCCCGUGCAAGCGCAGGACAAGGCGGGCAUUGACCCUGCGGUGUUGGCGUACAGGGGCAUCCUGCUCAUGGUGCGGAAGGCUGACGGCGAAGUGGAUUCGUUUGUCGCGACGCAGGACCCUGGCUCCGAUGCCAGCGUGAUGACUCUAGCUUUCGCAAGCUCGCUGGGGUAUGAGCCCUGCGAGCGACAGCGUGGCACUCCAUUGAUAUGCCUUGAACAGCUCCUCGUCUUGUCCUUGGGCACGGUGCGGAUCCCGUUCUGGCUGCCGUGUAAUCGCAAUGAACGAUGGGUCGAGUUCCAUCUUGUGCAUGAUCUUCUGGGCCACAAGGCUCUUCUGGGCGUGCGCCUGACCAUGGAUCUGGGCCAUCUCCAACGACUGCCAUGCGCGUGCGACGACUCCGUGGUCGACUGCGCCUCGCCCUGA